AUGAAGAAUCAUCAAAUUAUCACCUGGCUUGGUAACACUUCUAUUCAUGCUAUACAUGCACAGUUUGAUGCAUGGGAUUUUCUCUCUACACGCUUUAAAUCUAUCGAAUUAGCACAUUACUAUCAACUGCACAGUACACUAGUUAAGCUCCAUCAGGAUACUGGCCCGUCUGUCAAUGAAUAUUUGGCAGCUCUUCAAUCCAUCUGGACUCUGCUUGAUCAAGCUAAAAUUAGCAACGACCACCUUCGUCUUAUUAAGGUCCUUAUGGGAUUAUGUCUAGAAUAUGAAUCAGUCAGGGCUGCCUUACUAUACCGGAGUCCCUUGCCCUCAUUGGAUGCUGCUAUCCAAGAAAUUUUGUUUGAAGAGAAGCGUCUUGGCAUCAAUCCCGCAAAACAUUCUGAUGUUGUCCUUGCAAGCACUUAUCCACUCAAUAGAGCAUCAAUCAUGUUUUUUAAGAAUUGCAAACUCUCUGGUCAUAAAUUUAUUGAUUGCCCUAAAAUAGAGUGUAGGUACUGUCAUAAACGUGGUCAUAUUUUGGAUAAUUGUCCUACAAGACCACCUCGACCUCCUGGUAUGCCAACCAAAGACAAAAACUUUACUAAACCGGGUACCUCCUCUGUCGUUGCUGCUACUUCAGACAAUUCAAACUCCCCCCUUCAGCUAAGUGAUCUUCAAAGCCUAUUUAAUUAG